GCUCGUGUCCCGCGGCGCUGCCGAGGCGGGGCUGGGGGCGGCGAGUGCUGUUGACCGCCCGGGCCCGCCCGACGCGGUCCCCAACCGCACCCCGACCCCGCCAGCUGAGGGCGCGGACCCGGGGAGCAGCCGAGGCCCCGGCAUGGUGCUCAAGGCCUUCUUCCCCACGUGCUGUGCCUCAGCGGACAGCGGCCUCCUGGUUGGACGGUGGGUCCCGGAGCAGAGCAGUGCCGUGGUCCUGGCUGUGGUGCACUUCCCCUUCAUCCCCGUCCAGGUCAAGGAGCUCCUGGCCCAGGUGCAGCAGGCCAGUCAGGUGGGCGUGACUGUGCUGGGCACCUGGUGCCACCGCCGGCAAGAGCUGGAGGAGAGCCUGGGCCACUUCCUGGAGGGCCUGGGCGCCAUCUUCUCCCACAAGCCCUGGUUCCAGCUAUGCCGGGAGAGAGGCAGCAAGUCCUGGAGCUGCAAGGCCACCCACUGGCGGGGGCCCGCCUCCCCUGCCGCCUCCGGCGAAGACCAGGUCAUGCUUAUUUUCUACGACCAGCGCAAGGUGCUGCUGUCCCAACUGCACCCGCCCACGGCCCUGCCCGACCGCCAGGCUGGGGACACCACAGCCAGCGCGGGGGGCCUGGCUGCUGUCUUUGACACAGUGGCGCGUAGCGAGGCACUCUUCCAAAGUGACCGGUUCGAUGAGGGCCCCGUGCGGCUGAGCCACUGGCAGUCGGAGGGCAUGGAGGCUAGCAUCCUCGUGGAGCUGGCCAAGUGGGCAGCAGGGCCUGUCUGCCUGUUUCUGGCCUGCCUGCUGUCUCUCAUCUCAGCUGCCAGCUCCUGUCGGGUGUUCAAGCUGUGGCCACUGUCCUUCAUCUGGAGCAAACUCUCCACGUGCGAGCAGCUCAGGCACCGGCUGGAGCAGCUCACACUCAUCUUCAGCACCCGGAAGGCUAAGAACCCCGCCCAGCUGAUGAGGAAGGCCAACAUGCUUGUCUCUGUGCUCUUGGAUGUGGCCCUUGGCCUCACGCUGCUGUCCUGGCUCCACAGGAAGGACCUCAUCGGGCAGCUGGCUGAUGCCCUCAUCCCUGUGGCUGACCACGUGGCCGAGGAGCUCCAGCAUCUGCUACAGUGGCUGAUGGGCGCACCCGCUGGGCUCAAGAUGAACCGGGCGCUGGACCAGGUGCUGGGCUGCUUCUUCCUGUACCACAUCCACCUGUGGAUCAGCUACAUCCACCUCAUGUCCCCCUUCAUUGAGCGCAUCCUGUGGCAUGUGGGCCUCUCAGCCUGCCUGGGCCUGACGGUCGCCCUGUCCAUCCUCUCAGACAUCAUAGCCCUCCUCACCUUCCACAUCUACUGCUUCUAUGUCUAUGGCGCCAGGCUAUACUGCCUGAAGAUCCAUGGCCUGUCCUCACUCUGGCGCCUGUUCCGAGGGAAGAAGUGGAAUGUUCUGCGCCAGCGUGUGGACUCCUGCUCCUAUGACCUGGACCAGCUGUUCAUCGGGACCUUGCUGUUCACCAUCCUGGUCUUCCUUCUGCCCACCACGGCCCUGUACUACUUGGUGUUCACCCUGCUCCGGCUCCUGGUGGUCGCUGUACAGGGCCUGAUCCAUCUGCUUGUGGACCUCAUCAACUCCCUGCCACUGUACUCACUCGGCCUCCGGCUCUGCCGGCCCUACAGGCUCGCAGCCGGGGUGAAGUUCCGAGUCUUGGAGCACGAGACUGGCAGGCCCCUCCGCCUCCUGAUGCAGAUAAACCCCCUGCCCUACAGUCGCGUGGUGCACACCUACCGCCUCCCCACCUGUGGUUGCCACCCCAAGCACUCCUGGGGUUCCCUGUGCCGCAAGCUGUUCUUCGGGGAGCUCAUCUACCCCUGGAGGCAGAGAGGGAACAAGCAGGACUGAGGGGCCCUGGCCACCAGCCGGCCCAGCACCACCUCCUGCCAGGGUGUCAGGGUAGCACAUGGUCCUGCUCUUUGCCUUCCUGCCCCUGGUUGCCUGGGGCCUCUGCAGGCCCUGCCGGGGCCC